AUGACAUCCUACUCCCCUUCAGCCAAGAUGGCCUCGUAUUUGUCGCGGCUCAGUCCAGUGCCCGCGUUCCCAGACUACACGGGCCCCUUCAAAGUAGGCACCAUGGACGUCGAGAUCCCCGCGAGCGACCUGCCGUCACCGAGUCCCGCGCCAGAGAACGCUGCCGACAUUCCAACUGUGCUGUUUCGAAUCUUUUACCCGGCGGUGGACGAGUCGGACGAGAAGUGUAUUCCCUGGCUCCCAAACCCACAAAGGCACCACAUCUCGGCGUACACGAGGUUCGUUGGUGUUGGAAACACAUUGGCCGAGUUUCUGUCGUUUCUCCCGAGACACAUCAACUACGCGACGAUUCCCGCGCACAAGAACUCGAAAUUGCGAUCUCCCGACGGGGAAUCGGCUCGAUGGCCGGCAAUGAUCUUUUCCCACGGCCUGGGAGGCACCCGCAACUCGUACUCGUACGUUGCCGGAUCACUGGCGUCCCACGGCCUCGUCGUUGUCUGCCCAGAGCAUCGUGAUGGCAGCGCCGUCGCAUCGUUCAUGCGCAUUCCCGAUGAAAAGAACAAGGCGUCCAAUAUAAAGAGCACGAAGAUAGUCCAGUACAACCGCGUCUCGCACGACGUCUCGCCAGAAGUCUACGAGACGCGCGAGGCGCAACUGAGGAUCCGCCUUUGGGAACUCGGUCUGGUCCACGAAGCGAUCCUUGCCAUGGAUAAAGGCACCAAGUUCAGGAACCUUAAUACUUCGACCACCAGUUUGCAGCAAUUUGUCGGUCGACUCAAGGUGCACGAGCCAGGCAGCAUCAUCUUUGCAGGCCACAGCUUCGGCGCCACUACCAUGACCCAGUUGCUCAAGAGCACCUACUAUGCCGACAAUGAGGAUGUUGCAGGCAUGAAAAAGCCCCUGUUUACACCCAAGCAGGGCUCGGCAAUCCGCGAGCAGGUCACGGAGCGCAAUGUCACAAUGUUCUUGGAUAUGUGGUGCAUGCCGCUCCUUGCGCCCAAUUCAGAAGCACUCUUCAACCUGCCGCUGCCCCUGUAUGGCGAUCUCGCAUCGGCUGUUGGGGGCACUGGCCUCCUCGCUGUUGAAUCCGAGUCCUUUUACAAGUGGACCGAGCACCUGCACAUCAAGGCACGCAUUCUGUCUCCCGAGCCCAAGGCCCGGACCGUUCUCCCGACCGUAUACGAGCGCCCUAGCGGGAUCAAGCAGUCAGAGCCCAACUUUUUCUACGUGGUCAACUCGGCGCACCUGAGUCAGUCGGACUUUGGAAUCCUCUUCCCCUGGUUGACCAAGAAGAUCUUUGAUGCAGAGCAGCCCGAGCGGGCCCUGCGGCUGAACUUGCGCGCCCAGCUUCAGCUGCUGCGCGUGAACAAUAUCCCCAUCGCCCGCACCUACGCCGGUGACCUCGUCGAUGGCUCCACCAUAGACAAGCUGGACUCUGCCAAGAAGGACAAGAGUUCAGUGCAAGUCGCAGACGGUCUUACAAACGACCAGGCCAUCUUCGACCGCAGUGGUACGCAUGCUGUCGACUUUUGGCGUUGGAUCGACAUUAUUGGACUUGGCGACGCAGGCGAGAAGGAGAAGGGCAAGACUGUAGGUGAGCAGGUCGAGGAGGGCGAAAAAGAGAUGGAGGGUGAGAUGGAGCCGAGCGAGCAACGUCCGACCGCCAUGUCGAGGACGUUCAGCUCAAAGACGAUUGAGAGAACGCGCAGCGCGACUCGCACUACGACACCAGUUGCUGGGAAUUGA